AUGAAGCGUCUAUUGAUUUAUCUGUUCUUAGUAAUUAACGUCAAAGGCCUUGUUUUAAAUCAGACGGAAAAUUCUGAAGCAAGGUAUAUCAAUGAAAGGUUAACUAAAGAGAAUGUGGAAGUGGCGAAAUCAGUGCAAGACGAAAGUCGGGUUUAUCUUGACGAUGUUAUGUUUAUGUUGAAAAACCAAAAUUGGACGUUGGAAGAAAAACCUUGCUUGGAUACGAUCUAUUUGAUGCUUCAGAAUUUGCAGAAUUUUACCUUGUGGGCAGUUUGGGCGUGGGACACACAAUCGUCCGAACCACAAGGUUUGUUAUUCGGCAAUCGUUACCAACUUGGAAACUUUGAUCAGUGUCUGAACGCGCCGUGGUCGGACAAGCAUAAGAAUCUAAGGUUCAAGUACUGCUUGGCUGAUAUCAUUCUAGAAAGAACCGAUAAAGAUAAAAGAAAGCCUGUUGACAAACCCCUUUCUCCCUACCAGUCGGCUUUGGAUUUUAUAGAGUAUCGUCCGCCACAUACGCGCCCACUAAACGAGAUAACAUGGGGGGUCUGCGCCCCUGUCUCCUGUCAGCCAAAGACAAUCGAACGACUGACCGAAAUUAUGCUGAAUCGAAGUCAUCUGGGCGCAGCUGGAAUCAAACCUAACAUAGCCGUUACAGAAGAGUGUCAAAUAAGCGACCAACAUAGGGAGUAUGACGGACUUUUCUAUGGGUUUAUUUCACUCGUCGGUAUUUUAGUCAUCCUUAAUUUGAUCUGCACAUAUUUGAACAAUCGAAAAAAUGAUUCCAGCGAAGAAACCAAAAAAUCAGCUAUCAUCGAAGCGUUCUGUUUACGGGAGAAUGCUUCGAACCUUUUGAAAAUGAAAAAAGAUGGUAUUGAAGUGUUUUACGGCAUAAGAUUUCUGACCAUGUGUUUCAUAGUACUUGACCAUCAAAUCGGAAUAUAUAACUCUGGACCAAUUAGUGAUGGAUUGCUUUCGGAUAAGGACGCCCAAUCAGCAGUCGGUAUGUUGGUGUUGCACGACGAUCUCUUCGUGGACACAUUUUUCCUCUUGUCGGGGUUUCUCACAUGUGUAAAUUUUGUUAGGUUUAAAGUACUGCCAAAUCCUAUUUUCCUCAUAUUGAAGAGAUAUGUGAGAUUGAUAGUAGCAUAUGCAAUAGUAAUAUUUUUCAUAUCUGCUAUCUACCCUUACACUGGAUCUGGGCCCUUAUGGAACAGGGCGGUUGCCCACGAUACGGACCAGUGUCGGAAAAAUUGGUGGUUAAACCUACUAAUGGUCAGCAACUAUGUAGACACGGAAAACAUCUGCAUCGUCGUAUCGUGGUACAUUCCCUGUGACUUCCAGUUCUUCGUGGUGACUGUAAUCUUAUUCUGGAUAUACAAGCAUCUACCGCGGCUUGGGUUGCUAUUAGCUAGUGUAGUCACCAUUGCUUCUCUCGUCUUGCCUGCUAUUAUAAACUACAUGUACCAACUUUCGGCAGUUCAGCUCUUCACUUUUGAAUUCGUGAUGAAUCCCCGAGCCAGUGAAGAUUUCCACUUAGCUUAUAUAAAAAGCCAUACGCGUUACGCUGCCUAUUUAGUAGGUUUUUUCAGUGGAUACAUAUUUGCAAAAUAUAACGCGAAAUCGAAUACAAGAAGAAUAUCAGUGAAAUGGUCAGUGCUGGGCACAUUUUUUGCUAUAGUAUUAAUGUUAGUGGUGAUGAUGGUUGGCAGUACAUUUCUGUGGCGCGAUUACAAUUCUCUCGAAGGUGCGAUGUAUGCGGCGUUAAAUCGCCCGGCAUGGGCUUGUGGGGUCGCCGCAAUAGUUCUUUGUUGUUCGCUUGGAGAUGUGCCUAUAGUCAAAAAAUUCUUGAGUUGGUACCCUUGGGUUCCUCUAAGCCGGCUCGCAUACGGACUAUACUUGGUGCAUCACAUCAUAAUAACGCAUAACGUUUUCGUCACCAGAAAUCCACAACACAAUGAUUACUUUGAAAUUUUGAUUUUAGCUGGCGGAGUGACGGUUUAUGGAUGUGUUGUCGCAUUACUGCUAUGGCUUUUUGCGGAAGCACCCGCAAACAAUUUACUGACUCUGAUUCUGAAGCCUAAAUCACGCAGAACAGAAGCAAGUAAUAAGAAUCAGCCAACAAUAAGUGUUCACCCAAGCAUAAGUACUUUACCGACAUCAAGUUCAGGACACUUGCAAGAUAAUCUACCAAAUACUGUACAUUUUUCAUCGAAAUUUUAAAUAACAAAA